CCUACAGCACCAUCCAAGAAUGGGACGACUGUGAAAGUUCUUCAUCUCCAAUAAGAAGUUCAACACCAAUGGCCUAUAUAUAUAUAUAUAUAUAUAUAUUUAGAGAUAUAUACACCCACAGUACCACACUCCACACCACGACAUCUCGCCAUCUAUCCCACAAUCAGCAAAACCCUCAACCGUCUAUCACCAUCAGAAAGCAUGGCGGACAACAUCAAGCCCGGGGCCAAGGAUAUAUAUGUGAGUACUGCCUCCUUCUAUUCGUUAACCUGUGAUACUGGUUCUCAUCUAGAUUUUUCACUGCUUUAUGAGGGCACUGAACAUCAGACCACAUUGGGAAUCCAUCGGUGGUAUUAGUAGCAUACACCAACCGAUACACAUUCACGACUCACUGUGUACGAUCGCAGACUUCCUCAGCAACAUAAGAACUCUCCCACGAAUCUCGAUGGGCUUUUCCCCAAGCAUAAUGACUUGGCUAAAGUUCACUACUUCCUGGCUGCGAAGAAUGCAGAAUUUGCCCGAACCCCCCUCGACAAGAGAAUCAAAGCGAUGUCGAAGACUGGCAGACAAGCUCGAGGUACUUUCCUAUUGCGUAUCUCCCAUACUUCCAACUACAUCUGAGAACAUUGAUCACUGUUAUAUAGACAUCGACAAUCUGUCUACUCAAGGAGUGAGCCUUCGACGAGGGUUGAGACACAGAUCAGUCCCUCAAUGAUAAGGCGUUCCUAUACAGCUUUCAGUAGCUUCUCCCCUGAUAUUAUAUACGUUUAUAGUUCUUCGUCAGUA